AAAAAAGACGGCAUUGAAGUCGUCAACAGCUCAAAGCCAGAAAAUGUGUUAAGGAUCUCUAACAUUACGGUUGACGAGGCCGGCGUUUACACGUGUGUAGCAUACACUCCAGAACCCAAAAGAUCAGAAGACAGCGUGUCCGCCAUUGUUUCCAUCAGAGGUGUUCCACCUCCUCCAAAAAAUCUCAAAAUAACAGACUGCGAUGACAGGACAACCAUCCUUUCAUGGACUCCUGUGGCCUCCAACAACGCCCCAAUCACUCAUUACCUGAUUUAUCAAGAAUCGAAUCACGAACCAACCGUCUUCAAACUCGUAGAUAGUGUCACUAGUCCUAACGUUUCGUCUUUUUCUCUGAGCCUUCCUGGUUGGGCCAGUCUGCGUUUCCGUGUUAGGGCAGUGAAUGACAAUGGACCGGGCCGCCCUAGUCUGUCAACUGCGAAAGGGGCUUGUGACACACCCUCCGUAGACCCAGAGAUAUACCCAACUAAUUUGAGAGGAGUACCUGGAAAAGCGAAUGAGCUCUUCAUUUACUGGGACCCUGUACCAAAAGACCAGUGGAACGCCGAGGGUUUUUACUACACCCUAAAGUACAGAAGAGUCAAUGGACGGAUCUCUGAAUGGAUAGAUGAAAAAAUUGCUGACCCUGGCGUAAAUAUGUUUGAAUUGUCUAAUCCUGGUUACUAUCAACAAUGGGAAUUCACGAUAGGCGCAGGUAACCACGAGGGAGUUGGACCCGCCAGCCCGAUGGAAAGCGCGUAUUCCGGUCAAGACGCCCCAGUUGUAAAACCAGAAAGUUCUAAAGUCGGAAUUUAUUACUGGGGUGAAAGUCUCGCAGUCAGCUCAAGGAGAAAAAGACGAGCCAUUCCUAGUACUGCCGAAAAAUUCGAGGUCAUAGGGGGGAGUAAAACAGAGGCUACAAUUUCUGGACUGAAACCAUACACAGCUUACAGUGCUGCCGUGAAAGCCUUCAACUCCGGCGGCGAAGGACCAGCGAGUCCCAUAAUUUCCUUUGAAACUUCAGAGGGUGAACCUGGUCCGCCUUCAGACGUAUUCAUUGAUGCUUUCGGCGAGUUCCUUCUGAUCACGUGGACACCGCCGCAGGAACCUAAUGGAAUUAUCAUCGGAUACCAAGUGGGGUGGGCCGAGUAUGACGGCCUCUCAUCUGAAAUUGUUGUUCUUGCUAUGGAACCAGUAGAAGCUACCGUGCGUAAAAUAUUGUUGAAAGAUAAAAAAUUUGAGACAAGCUAUGUGGUGGAAGUGCAAGCAAGAACUAGCAAGGGAUGGGGCCCUGGUUUAAGGAGGACUACGACAACUAUAAAGAAAUCAGCCCCUGCCAAACCGCUGAAGCCCACCGUUAAACAGAUACUAGGGAAGAACUCGUUUAAUGUAACCUACAACUUUGCUGUCGGAGGAGGAUGGACAAACGAGUUCAAAGUUUUGUACAGAAAACAAGCAGCAGAAGGGGAGGAAUAUCUGGAGACUUCCUGGGUAGAUCAUUUCCCAAGGAGGUGGACUGAGAUCGAUGAUCUGUCACCAGACACGUAUGAAUUCAAGACUGUGGCUAGAAACAACGUCGGAAUGAGCGAAGAGAGUGACGCCACGAUUGCAAGCCUCAUUGACGAAGGAAAAGUAGACAUUGUUAAGAAGGAAGAUUCAUCCACGUAUAGCUCCGAUUGGUUCAUCACGGUCAUUAUUAUCGCAGCUGUGGUCGUUCUUCUCCUUAUAAUCGUCUUUGUGGUCAAACAAUGCCGGAAGAGGCGUAGCGAAGAUUUGGAUGCGUCAGAUAAAGAAAAUGAAGCCAAUAAAGAAAAUCCGAAGCCCAUCGACUUCAAACCGCGCGAAGACUGGAGAACAAGACUUGAACGCGUGGACGAGGCUGACAGUGAAAGCCAUGACAGCUUAGAUGAAUAUGGCGGAGGUGGGGCCUAUUUUUCAGAAGAUGGCUCCUUUGUUGGCGAAUUUGAGGCAAAGAAAAGCGAUUCUGCACAUGAAGAAGUUCAAGAUCCAGCUGUGUAACACUGAAAAGGUUUAUAUUUCCCUCUAUGGAGUUUAGAGUGUUUACAUGCAAAGUAACUUAAAUAUUCCAUUUGCAACCGUUUUGCAUCGUUGCAAGUACAGAAAUUUGAAGUGCAGUGUUGGAAGUGAUAAGAUAUUUCAUUAGUUUUGCUUCACAACGCUGGCUGAGGGGUGAAGGAAAAUGAUGCUAGCCUCUCAACCCAUCAGAAUCGAAAAAACAACGCAACAACUACAAACUGCUUUUCAAAAUUUGAUUUUUUUUCACAAUUAAGUUUACUAACGAAAUUUGGAAAGGUGUUUAGUCGCUUGAACGUGUUCUUGUGCUGAGAAAAUCAAACCUGUUAGCCCUCGGAGAGUCGACAACUUUGUGAAGUUUUCUAAUCUUACUUCUUUGGGCUUCAACUUCUCCAACGAAAACUGCAGGCUCGGUUGUUUGUUUGAGGGGAGGUUACCAAUGUUACAAAGUUAUCACUUACUGCCUGUUAUAGUUGAGUAGAAUGACACUAUUGUCGGGAAAGUGGUGUCGCCAAAAUCGGUCGGUUUGAUUUCUUCUUUCUUUCUUCCUAUUUUCACCGAACGAAAGAAGUAGAUUUGGCAGGCUCAAGUCGGCUUCAACUUUCGUGUACGCGGGAACAAAAUGGGCACCCGCGAAUAAGAAUUUUUUUUGUCAUCUCAGCCAAUCAGGUACAAGACUUAACCAAAUGUUGUUGCACGCGCAAAUUUUCCCGCGCUUUUUCUUUAUGACCUCUUGCUUUCCGAUUGGUUCGACUUACUUUUCUGCGUCGUGUAAUUAGCUAAAAAUAUUAACUAGUGAAGCAUUUAGCCUCACGGUUUACAACUUGUAGGAAAUACAAACGCACAGUGAAGGGACAGAACUGCCCCGCAUUUCGAUGUAGGAGUUAGCUAUUUAAUUUCCUCGUGUUUUAGGACAUUAAGUAUAAGAAAUUGUUGCAGUAAAUAGUUUGAUUACGAUUUUUGAACAAUUUUAGUUUAGUCCUAUUUUGCCAAGUUAAGUACAUUUCUUGUAAAGGUUUUAUGUGGAAAAGAAUGAUUUAAUAUCGCCAUACGGUAACGAAUAGUGAUAGAUAUAGGCUGUAGUUUCCGUUGUUACGGUUUUGUGCUUCCAGCAUAAAAAUUUGCUGUCCGUCAUACACCGCUUUUUUUAUUUUCGCUUAGUGAAGAUUUUCCGAGAUCUGAGUGGUUAGGGUUUAGAAUGUCCGCUUUUGAUUAUUGUUAAUUACUGGCAUUUAGAUAUAGAUUUUUAAAUCUAUUUGAGGUAGAUGGAAUUGUUUUUUUAGCCUUAUAUGGUGACUCGCUAAGUUAGUCGCAAGUGUACCUGCUAUUAGUGCUUUAUGUAAUUUAAUAAAUGAACAGAUUUAUUUGGUUGAUUUUUCAUAAAUAAAAUAUACCUCGACACUUAGUCAAUAAAGAUCUAUUAGA